GACAACUAAAUUUUUCAGCAUUACUUCAAAGUGUGUAAUCGUGAAAUUUCUUUCUUAGAAAAAGCCGACUUUUUGUGCAUAUAAUAAUUUUGUGUGACAAAAAGUAUGUCAUUUGGUGGACAGCAAAAUCAGCCUUGGCAGCGUAAAGGCGGAUUCUAUCAGGACGCUGGACAGGGCGGAAUGUUUAUGCAGCAACAUGCGGCUUCUCAAUCUGCGUUUGGCCAUUCGGCCAUUUUUUCGCAAAGUGGCGCCGCACCCUCCGUAUCUUAUCCCCAGCAACGGUCGAAUACAUUGAAUCCCGUUGCUUUUCAACAACCCAAUAAUGGUGGCCAAACAAUGACCAAUUCAAUAGGCACCGUAACUAAAAUCAAUAAUGAUUGUGGGCUUAUAAACGAUGAAGUCUUCUUCUACCGCAAUGCAUGUAAGGGCGUAAUCCCGAAGUUGGGUGACCGCGUCGUGUUCGAAGCUACUUAUUCUACAACUGGACAAUUCAAAUGGAAUGCAACAUUGAUUCAGCUAAUGGGGAGCACAAUGACUCAUCAAACGCAACAUUUACCGUCGCUAAUGGGGAAUAGUGGCAGAGCCGGUAGUGGCUAUAAUGCAGUCCCGCCUCCGAACGAAUAUCAACUUGCGCAAAUGCAACAACGCCGUCGUUCACCAAGGCAUUCAUCGCCCAUGCGUGGAGAUCGUUCGAAUGUGCGAAAUGAUCGUGAAAGAGAUCGACGCGGUCGUAAUCCACUUUCACGGGAACGAGAAGAUGAUGAAAGAGAUCGCAAACGUCGGCGGGCGGAUAGUGACCGUAGCCGCGAGCGCGCUAUAUCAUCCAUAGGGCGGGGACAUGAAAGAGAUCGUGCUCGCCCUGAAGGAAAGCCUGAUACCGCUUUGGAACGCAGAGAGCGUGAUCGGGAGCGUGAGCGUGAACGGGAAAAAGAACGCGAACGUGACAGAGAACGUGAGCGUGAGAGAGAACGCGAUAAAGAACGUGGAGAACGUGCCGAACGCAGUCCUUAUCGUCCGCCGGUCAAAGGUCGACGCACCCGUGCAAUUCGACGAUAUAUGAUUCAAAUACCUAAAAAUAUUUUGGCUUACAAAUCAGCUGAUUUACAAGAGUUACGUCAACGUUAUUCAACACUAUAUAUUCCAUCGGACUUUUUUCACGCCAACAUUUUGUGGCCUAAAGUUUUCACACCGGAAAAUGCUUUUUCACUACGUCGCCCUUGUCGGUUUCAUAUAAUGCAUCGCAUAGUGGAUUCUCCAUUUGAACAAAACAAUGACGUUCUAGAACCUUCAGAUGCAGAUUACUUGUAUUCUGCUAAAGUGAUGCUUCUAGCUUGUCCCCCAAUUACUGAACUUUAUCAAAAAUGCUUCGAAGAAGAUGACAAUGACAACGAACAGAAUGCAGUACAUCCAUCUCGAUUAAUUAGUUUUCUCGUAGGUACUAGGGGGAGAAAUGAGCCUAUGGCCAUUGGUGGCCCCUGGAGUCCAUCGCUCGAUGGUGAAAAUCCUGACAAGGACCCUGCCGUAUUAAUACGUACGGCUAUACGCACAUGCAAAGCAUUAACUGGAAUCGAUUUAUCACAAUGCACCCAAUGGUACCGCUUUGUGGAGCUUCACUAUCAUCGUCAAGAUCACAAGAAGAAGGACGCACAACCGCGUAUUGAAACUGUUGUUAUAUAUUUGCCUGAUGUUCAUUCUUGUAUGCCGAAUUCAACUCAAUGGCAAGAACUUACUCAAGUCUACAAGAAUGCGGUUGAAGGUGUAAUCGCUCGUAAAAAUGCUGCUGCAAAGGCAGCUGCUGCAAACACCGCCGCCGUUGAUGCUGAAAUGGCCGCUUCCUCGCCUACCGCUGCUGACGGUGAUGCUGCCGAUACUUCGGCCACCGAUGCUACAAAAGAAGAACCGGAUAAAACCACUGGAGAUGAAAGUGUAACAACCAAUAACGAGAGUGGCGCGGAAACCACAUCUAACGGAGUAGGCGAAAAUGCUGCUGAUAGGGAGGCUGAAGACGGAGCUGACACUUCUAUGGAAGUUAUUACUAUAGAGGAGGUAGAAAUAAGCGCUGAUGGUGACAACAAUGAUGAUCAAAAGGAUGACCAAACGGAAGCUACACAUUAUUCUAAAUUGGAUUUGAAGUCGAUGAAGGUGCAGGAAAUACGCGAUGAGUUAGCUGCACGCGACCUCAAUGCGAAAGGUGCCCGCAAUAUCAUAAUGGCUCGCUUGGCAAAGGCAUUAAACACUGAAAAGGCGGAAGAUAAGGAAACGAAGAAGACAGAGCCAAAGACCAAACAGGCCAAAAAUCAACCCAAGCCCGUUAAAAAGCCAGAAACAGUUACCAAGAAAACGGAUUCAAAAAGUGAAGAAACCGCAGAAGCCGAAGAAAACGAUAAACCUAAGGAAGAAGAGCAGGAAGACCAAGAAGAAUGGAAUGAUGUCAUUGACGUUGAUAUGAGUGACAUUGUCAUACUUGAUGAGUAUGAUUCAAGUAAAAACCCAGAGGAAACACCAAAAGAGUUGAAUGAAAAGGAGAAAAAUCAAUUGAUUCGCCGUUACAAAUUACCAACUAAAGAGCACAUUGUGGUACAUCCAAAUAAAACCGCCAAAGGUGGCAAAUUCGAUUGUUCAAUUAUGUCCUUAUCCGUGCUGUUGGAUUACGGGCCUGCUGAUACAAAGGAACGCUUCUUUGAGGUGUCUAUUUUUGCUGAAUUAUUCAACGAGAUGUUAAUGCGUGACUUCGCCUUCAAUAUCUACAAAGAGAUGUACCUUUAUAAAGAAGAAAACAAUGCUUCCAAAGAUGCUGCAAAGGAUAAGAAAGAGGGCGACACUAAUGGCGAAGGUAAAACAGAUGCUGAAACCAUGGAGGUCGAUGAAGAGUCAAAAGCUUCUACGGACACAAAAACAAAUGCUGAUAGCGCCGGCGACAAAACUAUAUCGGAGCGUAGAGCUUCAAAACGUAGUGUUGAUGUAGAAGCAGACACAGAAACGCCAUCUAAGAAUGCAAACGAGCGCAAGCAAAAGUCGGCUACCGGCAAGGAUAAGGAAAAGGAGAAAGAGAAAGAACACGUUUCAGACCGAAAAAUGAUUGUCGUGAAGCCACAACUUUUGCUAUCAUUUAUUUAUUUUGACACUACACAUUGUGGUUACAUAUUUGAAAAGGAUUUGGAAGAUUUGUUCACUGUGCUGGGUUUGAAUUUAUCACGUGGCCAAAUUCGCAAAGUGCUGGGUAAACUUUCCAUCCGACAAGCGUUUUACUACCGAAAACUUACUGAUAAGGAAGAAUCAGUUGAGGCACCUCCUAAAAUUGAGGACGCAGACGAUAUACCCAGUGAGGAGUUAAAUAAAAUUGCGUUGGGAAACAACGUUUACAUCCCGAAUGAAAAUGAGCUGAGUGGUGGCGGCGGAGUUGUGGAAAGAGCGACCUCUUCCAAAACCGAUGCAAAUGAUAGUGAUGGUCUAGUCAACUAUAAAGGAAUUGUUAUCCAUGUUGGCAAAUUAUUGGAACAAAUCAAACGCACCGAAAAGAACUACGGAGACUUAGAAAAGUUGUACAAUGACCUUCGGAAGCAGCACACGGAAUUGCACAGAGAUCAUACCAAGGCUAAUACUAAAAGCAAAGAUUUACAAUCCGAGGUGAAAACCUUGAGCCGAAAACUAUCUGAUGCAAAUCAAGAUUUAUUUGCCCUUAAUCGUAAAUAUAGAGAUCAGCAUAAUACACUCUCAACUAUUUACAACCGUGUAGCGCCAUAUUUCAACCGUGAAAAAGACAAAGAUCAUAAAUCGGAUAAGGAUGCAGAUAAGGAUAAGGAUAAAGAUAAAGAUAAGGAUGCAAAAGAUAAACCUAAAGAAGCUGCUAAGUCCAGCAAAGAUAAGGAGAAAGAGAAAGAUAAGGACAAAGAAAAGGAGAAGACGAAGGAAAAGGAAAAAGAAAAAAACAAAGAUAAAGAGAAGACAAAGGAAACUGGCAAAGAUGUUGAAAAGAGCAGUGGAGACAAAGGCGCCAAGGAUAAAAAUGAGGAAAGCAAAGCAAUUGUCAUAAAAGAGGAAAGCAAAGAAACUGUCAUAAAAGAGGAAGAAUUUCUAGCCGAAGAGGAUGAGGCAGAUGGAGACGAAGAAGAAGAGGAAGAAGUAGAAGAAACCAAUGAAGACUAAAAAUGCAUUUAUUUCAAGAGUUAAGCAGGAGGAUGAUAAGAAUAUAUAUGUAUGGAAUGUUACACCAAUUUUUACUAAAGCCUUUAUACGGCAGCGAAAAUACUUCUAAGCACAUCAUAUGAUGUCAAUAUCUUCUUCAGUAUACACUGUAACGCAUAUUCACUGUAAUAAUAUUGAAUGAAUUUGCAAAAGUACAUUUCAAAUAAAGAGUUACAUUGGUUUGAUAACAGUA